UGUGUCAAUUGCCGGGCGACGUAGCGCGAAUAAAGGCCGUAGCCUAUUUCUGACUGUGGCUUAUUUUUAACCGGCGAGGCCGCCUUUAGCCCCGUUUGUCUGCGUGAAGGGUUGAUAAUUUAUCCUCUAGCUUGCCUGUUGCUCGUUUCCAUUUGUGUUGUGUCGUUUUUCGGGUUUCUUCUUUGUCUUUCUGUGUUUUUGCGCUGUGAUGAUGACAGGUGUCAGAGGUAAAGAUUCCUCAGGAUGACGCCUUUCUCCGCGAUCGCUCCGCGUAAAAGGUGCAUCGGGGAGCUUUCUUCCUUUGUUUUGCUGCUCUUUAUUCAGUAGAUACCCGGCGACCCUCCCGCUGAAAAACAAACCGGCGCAGUAUGAGGACAGUCCCACCCCCCCUCUUGUCGUAAUUAUUCGUAAUUAUUAAUAUGGAUGCAUUAAUUAAUCCCGGGGGCGAGGUAAUUGGCUGAGGGGCUCAUUUCGCUGAUUUGUUGCGAUGUCGUGUUUUCGCUUGUAGUGAACGGCUCGUCGUCCGCGUUCAGUAGGCUACCGUGGGGGGCAGGGGGGAGAUUACGAGGCAGCGGAGGAGGAUCUGUCUGUGUGGCAGAUAAAGAUGGUGUUCAGGAGUGAGGAGAUGUGCUUGGCGCAAUUGUUUCUGCAGUCCGGCUCUGAAUAUGACUGCAUUAGUGAGCUCGGAGAGCUGGGGCUGGUCGAGUUCCGAGAUCUCAACCCGAGUGUCAGCUCAUUCCAGCGGCGCUUCGUCAGCGAAAUCAAGAGAUGCGAGGAGAUGGAGAGGAUUCUGGGCUACCUCCUGAGGGAGAUCCAGAAGGCUAAAAUAGCCAUUCCACAGGAGGAUGAGAGUCCACUUGCUCCACCCCCAAGACAGGUCCUGGAGAUCAUGGAGCAGCUUCAAAGGCUGGAGAUGGAGCUGAGCGAGGUGGCGAAGAACAAAGAGAAGCUUCAGAGGAACCUCCUCGAGCUCACCGAAUACACGCACAUGCUGAAGAUCACGCGGACCUUCAUCCACAGCCGCUCCAGACAUGAGGCUCUUGGUAACCAGUAUGAAGAGUUCCCCACCAUGGAGACAGACUCGGUCACAGGAUCCACUGGCAUGCAGAGGCUCGGCGCCAAGCUCGGGUUUGUUUCGGGUCUGAUCCAGCGGGUGAAGGUGGAGGCCUUUGAGCGGAUGUUGUGGAGAGUGUGUAAGGGUUACACCAUCCUCAGCUAUGCAGAAGUGGACGAAAACCUGGCCGAUCUUGACACUGGUGAGAUAAGCAAAAGUGUGGUGUUUCUCAUCUCGUUCUGGGGAGACCAAAUUGGACAGAAAGUGCAAAAAAUCUGCGAUUGUUACCACUGCCACCUUUAUCCACACCCUGAGAAUGAUGAGGAGCGAGCCGAUGUGUUGGACAGCUUAAGGACGCGCAUCCAAGACCUUAACAAUGUGCUUCAUCGCACUGAAGACUACUUGAGGCAGGUUCUGCAGAAGGCCUCAGAAUCUGUCUAUACCUGGGUGGUGCAGGUGAAAAAGAUGAAAGCCAUCUAUCACAUCCUCAACCUCUGCAGCUUCGAUGUCACCAACAAGUGUCUGAUUGCCGAGGUGUGGUGUCCCGUCAGUGACCUCGCAAACCUGAGGGGGGCGCUAGAAGAAGGCUCAAGAAAAGGUGACGCCACCGUACCGUCUUUUGUAAAUCGCAUCCCGAGCACUGACACUCCGCCCACCCUCUUAAGAUCCAACAAGUUUACUGCUGGUUUUCAGAGCAUUGUGGAGGCCUAUGGGGUGGGGGACUAUCGCGAGGUAAGCCCAGCUCCCUACACCAUCAUCACAUUCCCGUUUCUGUUUGCUGUGAUGUUUGGUGACCUCGGCCACGGGAUGGUGAUGAGCCUCUUCGCCUUGUGGAUGGUGCUGAUGGAAAAAAAGCAGAAGAAGAAACGCUCCAGUAAUGAGAUAUGGGCUACGUUUUUCAGCGGUCGCUACAUCAUCCUGAUGAUGGGGCUUUUUUCCAUCUACACCGGCCUCAUUUACAACGACUGUUUCUCCAAGUCUCUUAAUAUAUUUGGCUCUGGCUGGAGCGUCAAGGCUAUGUUCACUCAUAGUCAGUGGACAAACAAAACGCUCCAAACAAAUGCUUUGCUCACAUUAGACCCUAAUGUCAGUGGUGUUUUUAAUGGACCGUACCCAUUUGGCAUCGAUCCUAUAUGGAACCUGGCAGUGAACCGUCUGUCCUUCCUCAACUCUUACAAGAUGAAGAUGUCAGUUGUCAUCGGAGUCAUUCACAUGAGCUUCGGUGUGGUUCUGAGUGUCUUCAACCAUUUGCACUUCCGACAGAAGUUCAACGUCUACCUGCUGUUUCUUCCUGAGCUGCUCUUCCUGCUGUGUCUCUUUGGCUAUUUGGUUUUCAUGAUUUUAUACAAGUGGUUGAUGUUUGAUGCACGUUACUCCAGCCAGGCGCCCAGCAUCCUCAUCCACUUCAUCAACAUGUUUGUCAUGCAGGGGAAGGAUAUCGCUCGUCUAUACCCAGGGCAGAUUGGCCUGCAAAUCUUCCUACUUGUCAUAGCGAUGCUGUCAGUUCCUGUGCUGCUGUUCGGAAAACCUCUCUACUUGUAUUGGCUCUACCGUGGAGGCAAAGGGCUGCGCAGACGCAGAGGUUAUGAGAGGGUGAGGCGCGUAAGCGAGGAUGACGGCUCCACAGCACCAUCCUAUGAUGAUGAUGAUGAUGAAGAGGAGGGACUUGAUGAAGUGACCAACAGAGAAGCUCUUCCCAAAGAGUUUGACUUUGCAGAUGUGCUGCUGCACCAGGUCAUUCACACCAUAGAGUACUGCCUGGGCUGCAUUUCCAACACUGCGUCCUACCUGCGUCUCUGGGCACUCAGCCUGGCUCAUGCCCAGCUGUCGGAGGUGCUGUGGGACAUGGUAAUGCGCCUGGGUUUCAGGAUCACCACAAAAGUCGGUGUAGUGCUUUUGGUCCCUGUGUUCGGCCUCUUCGCCACGCUUACGGUGUCUAUCCUGCUCGUCAUGGAAGGCUUAUCAGCGUUCCUCCACGCUCUCCGACUUCACUGGGUGGAGUUUCAGAACAAAUUCUACCACGGGACCGGUGUCAAGUUUGUGCCCUUCGACUUCUCCCUGCUGCCCUCCGUUUUUGAGCAAGACGGCUUGCUUUGAAACCUCUGAAUUACCGGAUAUGACUGGAAACAGACUUUACAGUUCGGAAGGUUACUGGAAGUUGGAACAAUUCGCACUGUGAUAAACAAACCUUCAAGACAAUUGAUUUAAAAGUCAUUCUUGUAGCAGUGUUUUUCACCACGACAGUUUUUAAAUGUUAUCGGCUGUGCUGACUGCCUUACUACUGCACCCAGCAGACGUCUGAGUAUACAGAGGCUCGCGGUCCUUGUUCUGCUAUUUGGGUUUUGUAGGUGAAACAUUGCUCAGCACUACUCAUCGCACCAGUUGGGUUUGAUUUAAAUAUUUCAUUUACACUGUGCUGUGUAAACUGGUUUUUGCAUUACUUACAACAUGGUAUUUAAACAGUUAAUACAGUGCAACGUAAAGUUUCAGAUGUUACAGCAGCGUCUAAAAACCAUAUCAAGCAUCCUGAUGUAGUGCCAUAGAGAUUUUUUUUUUGUUGUUGUUGUUUUUUUAUGACGAUAUCUAAUAAUGGGUUUGUUUGUUUUUUAAAUUUCUUCUCCUUGUGAUGAAAGAAAUACUUUUAGGCAGUAAAUUUAAAGACAAAUUAAACCAUUGCAACCCUUUUUUGUGAGGCUGUCACAACGCACUUUGCAGAAAUGAUUGUACAAAUUGAAAGUUUUCACAGAUAACUGCGAUGAUGCCAAAUGAAAAUAAUCAACUUUGCUGUUUGCUUAUUUACUUAUUAAUGCAUUUAUUUAAAUGUAACCUCCCCUAUAAUCUAUAGAAGAAGAAAAAACACUGAAAUACUACAGAAAAAAAAGACAAAAAGUCUUAGGUCUUUCUUUCUUUGAUGAUACCGCUUAUUGCAUUUGUUAAUGAUAAUUAAUCAUGGUAUUUAUUUAAAUUAUCAUCUGUACAAUAAUAGUUGAAUAUUUUACCAUUUUGACGUGUUAAAUAAAGGUUCCAAGAAAUGCAAGCAAAAA